CUUGUUUUCCCGCCAUAACGCCGACAGCACUCUCUCCCCCGCCAAACGAAGGGAAACCAAGGGAGAAGGCCGAAAAGAGGGAAGAGAAAGAAAAGCAAAAUGUGGCCUCCCAACGAUUCUUCUCGCAAUAUCUCAGAUGAUGAUGGGGAUGAUAUUGAUGAAUGUGUCAAUGUCAUGCAUCGUGAUUCUCUGGAUAAUUUUGCGUUUCUCUAUCCAAACAAGGAAAAGGAGUGCAACCACCUUUCUCUUGUUCAUACCAAUAAUGGGGCUUCAAGCAGCCAAAGUUGUGAUGAAGAUGAAUGCAGCACAUGGGCUAAAAUUUUUGAAGAAGCUGAGGAGCUUCUCUUACAUGAAAAUGCUAGCCGUUCCUCCUCCCACACUCGAAGUUUGGCCACAGAUAAGUUUCAGAAAGGUAGCAAAAGAAAAUCCAAGCUUAGGUUUUCUUUCCAUCAGUCUUCAUGUAAAGAAGCCAAUAGCCCACGACAUAGGAAAUGUGGAAAUGCUAUGUCUUCUGGGGUUUCUGAAUUUCACGGUGGACUUGAAGGUCUUGGACAAAACAGCGGUCCUCAUUCUAUGGCUGAGCUUCUGGAAGGCCUUGGGGGACAAAAUGAUUCACUUCAACCUUCUGAUGUUCCUUCUGCACUAACAGGAAGGAGGUCACACUUGUUGAGGAAGGGGACUUCAGCUUCCUCAGUUUAUGGAUUAAAACAAAAUGGAUAUGUGCCAGAACUCCUAGAUGAUGGAAUUUCUAGUGAGGAAGACGGCGCUCAACCUGGCAGUCAGUGUGAGCCAACUUCUUUCUUUGCCAUUGCACCAAUAAAGGAAAAGACAAUGGCUGAUCAUUUUAUGGAAGUAUUUGAUGUCAAUGCCAUGAACACUGACAGUGAAAUCCCGAUCAACAAACAGAAGGGGUUUGGGUAUUUUGGGAAGCUACAACAAAUCAUGCAUGGUGAAAAAGAAAAACACACCAAUUUUUUGAAGGAGGUUCAAAAAGGAGCAAUAGAUCAAGUUGAUACAAGGUUCUUUGAUGUAGAGAUAGUUUCAAGAUGCUUGGAAGCCAAACUAACAGUUUGUUGCUGUUUGCUGGCCAAAAAAACCAAGACAUGCAAAAUACUGAAACGCUUUUGGCUGGGCCAUACAAAUCGAUGCAGCGCUCAGAGCACAUUCAGAGUUUGCAUGAUACUGUUGUGGAUGGAAAAAUGGAAAGUCGAACGGUCGUUUUCAACUCAACGAUGUGUAACACUGUUGAUCUAGAGAUUGGAAAGCUGAUUCGUGUUUAUGCCCCAUGGGAGGAGGUGCGCCUGGCGGAUGGCAGGAUAGUUUUUCUCUCAACGUACUUUUCAGAAAUUUUGACAUAAGUAGCAGGAACACUCGCAGCAAAUGGCGAUUUUUCCAACAUCGCACACCCUUGAUUCCAUUUUUGUGUGAAUUCCCCGUUGGUCUUAAUGUCCUUUUUGUGGUGGACCGAAAGGCUGGCGUAAACUGCGAAUUAAGCUCACUUUGUACUGGCAAAUUGCCAAGUAUGACUUUUUUUGAAUAGUGGCAAAGCAUCCUUCAAAGAAUACAUAAAUCAUUUGAUAAGCAUGUCAAAACUCUGCAGGAAAAAGGUAAUAUGCAGUUAAGUGCCAGCGAACUG